AUGAAGCUGAAGCAUGCCUGGGACGUAUGGGGGGAGUGGGAGAUCCGCGUGCUGGUCCUCUCCAGCCUCGCCCUGCAGGUCUUCCUCCUCUUCGCCGGCGGCCUGCGCAAGCGCGUCGCCGAGUGGUGGCUGCGAAUGCCGCUCUGGCUGGCAUACCUGCUCGCCGACUACGUCGCCAUCUACGCGCUAGGCAACCUAUCCCAGAACCAGAAGCUCUGCGACGGGUCCCGGGACGCCGAGAUGCACGUGCUCGUCUUCUGGGCCCCGUUCCUCAUCCUCCACCUCGGCGGCCAGGACACCAUCACCGCGUUCGCCGUCGAGGACAACGAGCUCUGGCUGCGCCACUUGCUCAGCCUCGUCUCGCAGGUCGUCCUCGCCGGGUACGUCUACUGGAAGUCGCGCCCGGGCGUCCGGCUCAUGGUGCCGGCGGUCGUCAUGUUCGUGGCCGGCGUGACCAAGUACGGCGAGCGGACGCUGGCGCUCAGGGCGGCGAGCAUGGGCAGCCUGCGCAGCUCCAUGCUGACGCCGCCGGACCCGGGCCCCAACUACGCCAAGUUCGUGGAGGAGUGCCAGUCGAGGAGGGACGCCGGGCUGGUGGCCAAGAUCGUCAUCGUGCCGGAGAGGCCUCCCGACGACGACACCCGCGUGGAGGUGAAGCGGGUGGCGUACAGCGACCUGGUGUACAGCGCGCACCGGCUCUUCCACACCUUCCGCCGCCUCUUCGUCGACCUCAUCCUCAGCUUCCAGGACCGCAUCGACAGCCUCGCCUUCUUCCGGAAGCUGGAGAUGGAGCAGGCGUUCAAGGUGGUGGAGAUCGAGCUGGUGCUCAUGUACGAGUCCCUCCACUCCAAGGCCCCCGUGAUCCACGGCUGGCUCGGUCGGGGCCUGCGCGUCUUCACCCUGGCCGCGCCCGUCGUGUCGCUCGUGCUCUUCGCGCGCACCGCCGGCGAGAUGCGAGGCUACGGCUACGCGAGCGUCGACGUCGACAUCUCCUACGUGCUCCUGGGCGGCGCCGUCUUCCUGGAGACCUACGCCAUCCUCCUGAUGGCCAUCUCCCCCUGGACGUACGCCGACCUGCGGGCCAGCGAGCGGCUCCGGCCGGCGGCGAAGGUGGUGUUCUGGCUCAUCGAGUUCUUCCAGCCGGAGACGAGGCCGAGGUGGUCGGACCAGAUGUCGCAGUACAACCUCCUCAGCUACUGCCUCAGGGACGAGCGCCGCUGGUACAAGGCGCUCAUGGAGUGGCUGGAGUGGAGGUGGAACAUCCGCGUGAAGACCAUGUGGGACAGCUGGAGGUACACGAAGAAGAUCGCCGUGUCGGAGCCGCUGAAGCGCCUCGUCUUCGAGCAGCUCAAGAGCAAGGCCAGCAGCACCAUGGACCCCAAGAGCUACCGGAAGCUCGGCGAGCACCGCGGCCAGUGGGCGCUCCAGCGCAAGGGCCUGUACCAGCAGCUGGGCUGGAGCGUCGACUGCGAGUUCGACGAGAGCAUCCUCCUCUGGCACAUCGCCACCGACCUCUGCUUCUACGCGAGCCAAGACGGUAUCGGCAGCGGCGGUGACGCUCUGCCGGCGCUGAGCAGGGAGAUAUCCAGCUACAUGCUGUUCCUCCUGGUGAUGCGCCCGUUCAUGAUGACGGCGAGCAUCGGGCAGAUCCGGUUCGGGGACACCUGCGCGGAGGCCAAGAGCUUCUUCCGGCGAGCCGACGAGGCCGGCGACGAGGCGGGGUGCGCGGCCAGGCUCCGGGCCGUGGACACGUCCAUCGCCGAGCCGCGGGACGUGAAGGGGGACCGGAGCAAGUCGGUGCUGUUCCAGGCGUGCAAGCUCGCGAGGCAGCUGCUGGAGCUGGAGGGCGCCACGGAGGCCAAGCGCUGGCGGCUCGUCGCCAGCGUGUGGGUGGAGAUGCUCUGCUACGCGGCGGGCAAGUGUGGCGGGGGCGCCCACGCCCGGCAGCUCAGCCAGGGCGGCGAGCUGCUCACCGUGGUGUGGCUGCUCAUGGCGCACUUCGGCGUCGGCGACCAGUACAGGGUGGAGUCUGGCCACGCCAGGGCCAAGCUCGUCGUUGACACGUAA